AUGACAAUGUCUAGACAUUUAUUUUUGUAGUAAAUAUAAUUAAUUUUAUAUUGGUUUCCAAGAGGUAAAACUCCAAAGUUCCUAGUUUUAGUUAGUUGAUCUGCCAUUUUAUGCCUUUAUUAACAACACAUUUUUAGAAAAAGGGCGAUAACUUAUGGGUAGCAUUGUAUGUUAGACAGUCAUCGACAAAUUUAAUUGAAAAACCACUGAUCUCUGUUUAUGACAAAAGCCAAAUCUUAUCUUUUUUGGUGUGGUAAAUUGAAGUCAUCCGAGUUAGAAAAAAAAAUUAUUUUUCGGUAUAAAAGGCCCAGGCGGUUCUUGCUAACUGUUAGUUGAAAGUAUUUAAGUUAAAGUGACGGGCUACUUUAAUCAUAAUGACAGUACUUUCAGGUUUCUGGACCCUGCAGGUUCUACUGCUGGUCUUGAUGGCUCAUCUAAGCACCCAAACGAUGUUCCUGAACUCCACCGACGACGUUUGUCGACUUUUCAAGGAUGGAACCAAACUUCGAAAGGCCGGAACCUGCAACGAGUGGAUUACAUGCAAUGAUUUUAAGUCUUCGGAAAGUGAAAGCUGUUCGGGCACUGAACAGUACUUUAGUCUUUCCAAAGCAAAAUGCUACAAAUCAUAUGACGACAGUUACUGCGAUACUACCAAAAUAUGCAAAGGAGCGUCGACAGGUUACAUAGGUGAUACCAUAAACUGUGCAAAUUGGUAUUAUUGUGAUUCAGAUAAUGUAUUGGGCAAAGGAGCAUGCACCUUGGGAAUGUACUUUGAUCAAACAAAGCAGCAAUGCGUCUAUCCAAAAGAUACUGUUUGCACUGCCACAUAUGAGAUGUGCGACAUUGUGCCCCAAGAUGUCCCAUUCCUCGACGAAAACAAUUGCAACAUGUACUUUAAAUGCAGCAGUAAAAACGCACUCGUGUCGUACACCUGUGAAUCUGGCAAAUAUUACAACGUGGCCACCGGUACCUGUGUUGACAAAAAGGAAGUUGUCUGCAAUAAGCAUCCACUUCCAGAGGACGCAUGUGGCACCAAGAAACUGGCUUUGCGCAACAAGUUUGUUGCGGAUGGAGCCACAUGUCGCGGUUAUUACUAUUGCCGUGAUCUCGGAUCUGGAAUCCCAGACCCCGACCCCAUAUAUCAGCAGUGCAGCGAGAACUACUUCUUCAACGUGGAACGCCAGGGAUGCAUGCCACGCGAGAGCCAGACGUGUGCCUACGAUCGUUGCGAUGGCCGCACAGAUGGAUUCGAAGUGGCCGAAUCCAAGGGAUGCCACGAAUACAUCGAAUGCAUCGACGGCCGGGAAGGCACAACUAAAAGCUGUGGAACUGAGUACUUCGACGUUGCCGCCCAAAAGUGCACCGAAACUCAAAAAAAUUACGGCGCUUGUGAUGCUUAAUAAUGCUUAAACUAAGGCAAAUCUUCGAAAAAAUAAAUUAAAAAUAACAACAUGA